CAGAGCGAGAGUCCGUCGGAGCGACGACGACAAUGGCGAUGGCGGCGGCUCGAGCAGCUUGCGAGCGUCUGCGAGCGAAUGGCAGCAAUUCGCUGGCCGCCGCCGCCGUCCGCGGGCGCUGGCGGAGCUUUUCGGCCGAGCCCGGGCACGGGCACGGGCCGGCGAGAGUGAACAUGUGGGAAGCGCCCGGGAGCCCUGGCAAGUGGAAGGAAGAGCAUUUCGUGUUCGUGUCGCUGGCGGGCUGGGGCGCGCUCUUCUUCGGCGGCUACAAGGCGGCCACCAGCGGAGCCCCCAAGAAGAAACCCCCUUCUCCUCCUUCCAAAUCGCCCCGCAAAAUCGAUGCCAAGCCCGCUGCCAAAUCGCACCCUAAACCUGAACCCAAGCCCGUGGCCAAACCCGCAGCCCGGAAACCCGAGCCCCCCAAGAAGCCGCCUCCCCCUGCCCCGAAGAAGCCGCCGCCUCCGAAGAAGAAGAAACCAGAGCCGAGUUCGAAGAAGAUGCAGAGCGCUAAGAAGCACAAGUAUUAUGAUGAUGAUGAUGAUGAUGAUGACGACGACGACGACGAUGAUGAUGAUUGAUGAUUAAUGGCGAUCGAGUUGGUUUCUGGUUAAGCGGAGGCUGCGCUUUGUUUGUUCUUCGCUCGGAGGCGUAGUAGCGGCGGCGGGGCAGGCUUUGAAUUUUGAUUUCGAUUUCGAUUUUGAUUUGGUUCUCUGCGUAAACUCUGGCUCGGUGUGAGAAGCGAGUCGUCAGAUCGUCAGAUGCGUGAUGUGAUCGUCUCUGUGGCUGAUCAGUGACGUGUUUCCGAGGCUAUGCGAUGUAUGUUUGCGUGGGCUCGAGAUCGCUAGAGCCCACGUCGUUCUCUGUGAGCCUCUCUCAAGAUUUUGAUUACAAGCACGAUGGAAUGAACCGCGGAGUCCUUGCGGAGUAUAGUUGAUAGGAUCUUACACCCCUAGAAAGCUGAGAAAUCAUUUCGGCAGAAAGUUGCCUUCUUCACGGUUUCAAAUCCCAAAUUUGGUUCACUUGACAUGGGCCUGUAUUCGACAGUACAGUAACGUCUCGGAUUAUGUGAAAUCUUAAUGAUUUUGCCCUCUCACCAAGCAAACUAUGAGUUCGAGAUCUACUUGUAUUUUCCUCAACCUCGGAUGAAAGGAUAAGGAGAAAAGACCCUACCCUUGUAGACAAGGAGUGAUGUGUUCAGAUGUUUACUGAAGAGGCCACCAGUGCAUAUAUCCUGCCUUGUCAUGGACCAAAUCUACUCUGUCCGUGCCCCCACUUUCACAAUUCACUUGAUAAGCACAUAUCACUUUAUCUGAUUGAUA